AUGGCUCAAGUCAAUAUUUUGGCUUACACAGCACUUCGAUGGUUCUUUGAAUUUUGCAUUAGCUUGUUCUAUGCAAAUGUAAGCGUAAAAGGAACAGAAAACAUUCCAAAGAAGGUUCCAGUUAUUUUCACUGUCAAUCAUUACAAUGGUCUUGUGGAUGGUGUGAUCAUUUAUUCACAAGUGAGCAAAAGAAUUGUAAGAAGUGUCGCAAAAGCAGAACUUUUUAAACUACCUUUAUUAGGAACUUUCCUUAAAUUAUUAGGAACAAUUCCAGUGGUUCGUCAACAAGAUAUCACUAAAGAUGAGGAGGAACAAAGAAGACAAGCCAAUCAAGCAGCAAUUAAUGCAAUGGCUGAAGUAUUAAAAUCAAAUGAUUGUCUUGUAAUAUUUCCUGAGGGAACCAGUCACAACAAUUCAACUUUGACAAAGAUUAAAACAGGUUUUGCUAGAGCAGCAUUACAAGCUCUAGAUUCUGAUGAACAUAUUUCAAAGGUGAUUGUAGUACCUGUAGGAUUGAAUUAUGAUUCCAAGAAUGAGUUCAGAUCGGAUGUUUUUGUUCAAUUUGGAAAACAAAUUAUUAUUGAUAGAACGCACUUGACAGAAUUCAAAAAAGAUAGUACCAAGUUAUUGGACAGUUUAGCUGAUGUUGUACGAAAAGGAAUGCAACAUGUGACUGUUGUUGCAAAUGAUCCUGAAACAAUCUCUGCUGCACAUAUUGCAAGAUCAUUGGUGAGAAAAAGAUCCAAUCCUUUGUCACAAGAGGAAUACAUCUUUCUUACUCAAAAAUUUAUUGAUGUAUUUGAAACACAACAAGAUGCCAAACAAGUAUUUACUACUUUGAAACAAUUAAGCUCACAUAUGAGAUUAUUGAAUAUGAAAUAUUCAGAACUUUCAAUGAGAUACUUUUUUAUUCGAAAACUUUUGACACUUCUUCUCACAUUACCAAUUACACUUCCUGGAUCAAUUUUCCAUUUACCAGUGGGGCUUGUGAGCAGUUAUUUUGGAAAGAAGAUAUCACAUGGAUAUAGAGAUCAAGAAGCUCAUUACAUUUUAAUGAUGAUGAUUUUCCUUUUACCAUUGUAUUAUAUUUUCACAGCAAUCAUUCUCACCAUCCUUUUUAGCUUUAAAUUUGCUCUUAUUUGUGCUCUCUUAUUGGCUGUGAGUGGAGUGAUUGCCGUUCAUUUAAGACCUGUUGGUUAUACCAUUCAUUUGUUCAAAUCAUUUGCCAAGUUAUUACUUGUGAACAGAGAAGAAUUAUUAAGAAUUCAAAAACAGUUGAGAGCAGAUCUUCCUCCACUCAUUGCCAAGCACAUGAAAGAGGUUCUUUCUAGAGGCAUUUUGGAUGAAGAAAUUGAGAGUCGAUGUCAAAGCUAUCUCAAGAUGCAAUAA